AUGAUCAAAUCGUUCAUUAACAACGGGAUUAAAAUAUACUCGUUAACAUCGGGUAGGGUGAGUCCCGAGAGUGGUGGUGGCAUCGGUGGCUUUGGAAAGGCGCAUGGAAGGAAACAAAAGAAGAAUGCAUCGAUUGGGAGGAGCGAAAACUCGGUAGAAAUAUUACACGAUUUAGAAUUUUCACAAAAGAGUGAACAAGUAAAGAUCAGCGAUGACGACAGGUACAUCUGUAUCAGUGGGAUGUAUCCACCCCAGGUGGGGUUGUACGAUACGAAAGAAAUGUCCAUAAAGCAUAGGAGGCAUUUUGACGAAGAGGUUGUGAAUUUUGAAUUCUUAAGUAGUAAUUAUGAGAAGCUAGCUUUUUUAUGCAAAAACAGGAAUUUAGAAUUCCACAACGCAGCAGGAAAAUAUUACAAAAUGAGAAUUCCAAAGGAGGGCAGAAAUUUACUGUACAACAGAGAAAAUUCUAAUUUAUAUAUUUGUUCUUCUUUUGACGAAAUUUACAUUUUGAAUUUACAAAAGGGUGCAUUUGAAAAUUCCAUGAGUACCAGAAAUGAACACAAUAAUUUUUUAUGUCGAAAUAUGCAGCUGCCUGUGAUGGCCACAGGUGGGUCCAGUGGUUUUUUGGAAAUGUGGGAUGAGCGUGCGAAGAGGAGUAUUUGUUGUUUGGAGAUUCAUGAAGGGGAAGAAUUGACUGCUGGGUGUUUUUCUGAAAGUGGUUUGAAGUUGGGUGUCGGGACGGAAACGGGGAUUGUGAAGAUGUAUGACAUUCGUCACAGCAGACCGCUGCUUGUGAAAGACCACUGCAAUGAUUUGGCCAUUAAGAAGAUCGAGUUUUUGAGCAUAGGGAAGAGUGGUGGAGGGAGUGCUGGAGCAGGGGUUGGAGGUAGAACAUUUGAUAAUGACCGCUUUGUGUGGAAUGAAGAUUGUGACCCCUCAUUGUCAGGUGGGGGAGCAUCAUCAAACGAGUACGUCACAUCUGCAGACGCCAACUGCAUCAAAAUAUAUAACGAGAAUGCGCCGAAUUUGUUAUCGUUCCAUGUAGUAGAUCGGGAGAACGAAAAUGGAAAGAGUAAAAGUGGGUCAAAAAGAACAAAUGCGUUUAAGCUACUUGGAAAUGAUACGAUAAGUAUAAAUUCGUUUACCUUUUAUAAAAACUCAGGACUAUGUUUCAUCCCCUGUGACAGUACGAAUGUGUCUGUGUACUUCAUCCCGUACAUUGGGAUCGCCCCCAAGUGGUGUAGCUUUCUAGAUAAUAUAACUGAAGAAUUGGAAGAAAGAGAAAAAUAUGAUAACAGCAGAAAUGAGGGUGAUACGCAAUAUGCGAAUUCGACUGAUCUAUUUGACGAUUACGUUUUUGUUUCGAAUGAGCAAGUGGAAAGAAUGAAUAUAAGUCACCUGAGAGGAACACCUAACUUAAUUUCCUACCUGCACGGGUACUAUAUGCCGUCCAAAUUGUACACAGAUAUUAAGAGCGUGCUUGAGGCGGAUAAUUUGAACCAAGUGAAAAAGGCCAUUGUGCAAAAGAGGCUGGAGAAGAAACAGCAGAUGCGAAUCCCCGACAAGAGCGUUUUGGUGAACAGGGAGUACGUUGAUAAACUACUCACCAGGGUGAACAAGAAGGUCGAUAAAAAGCAGAAGGCUAUUGUGGAUGCCCAGGAGUUGUUGCAGGACGAGCGGUUCAACAAGCUCUUUUACGACCCCGAGUAUAUGGUCGAGACGGUUGACUUGGGCGAUUAG